AUGGUUGAUCCGGCUUUUGUUCUUCGGCCUUCGGGCCAUCUCACACCUCCUCUGUCACCACGCAAAAGGCGCCGCUACUUGCGAGAUUCCGAAGAUUCCGAAGGCGAGAUGAGCCUGCAGCAAUACAUGCAUUCGACUGAGUAUUAUCGAUCGGUCAGCCUCGAAAGCCCACAGCCACUUCCCGUGAAAAUGGAGCCUGCCCCUGCUCUGGAACAAGAAAUAAGUCCACUUUACCCAGAGGUCCUAGCCAUCAUGCGCCGCCACAAUCUGAAUGUCAACACAACCUUCGAAUGUGGGAAGAUGAGCAAGCCAAAUACUCGGCUUGUACCUCCGCAGCAUUCGAUGGUAGCCCAGGAGAACGAUGUCCUAACAUCGUUCGGCUCGCUCCAAAAGGGCGAUUAUUGCCUCAAGAACGGCCGUACCACUUACGUUACUUCGGGCAUCUGCAAUGGCGCCAAAGCCGAGCGAGACUUUUGCCGGGAGGGAGACUCUGGAGCCUUCAUUCUGGACAGAUCUGGGACUGUGACUGGGUUGCUCUGGGGAGGAUUGGAGCAUUACGGCGAAGAUGUUGGGCUGGUUUCUAGCAUGUCGGAAGUCUUGGAGGCCAUCAAAGAGAAGAUUGGCGGUCGUGUCUCCGUGGAUCUUCCACAGUGA